AGCUAGCACAGCCAUUGAACCAAUUGCUGCGGAAAAACUCAAGAAUGCCUUUCUGGAACGACGCCGGACGCCGAGCACGUGCCGGCGCUGGACGGGGACGACCCCUCCCAGGAGGCCCGCCAGGCCAGAACGGGGGCGCUAAUGCUCCCCCAAGUACCCGGGGUGGGCGCCCCGGGUCGAGGCGGCCCGACUCCCGAGGUCGGCGACCAUGGAGGUGGCCCCACGAUCGGGCGUCGGACGCUGGGUCCGGACAGCGCCAGGCGGGCUCCGCGGAUUCCGCGAGCCACCGCGCUGGCACACCGCAGAGUGGGUCGGGCCCGCCUGCGCGGGGAGGACCAGGCUCGAGCAGGCCUCUUCGACCCGCACGACUUCCUUCCAGGAGAAGAGAGGGACCGUCACCGCAGGGGGGACGGGCCUGGAGCCGGCGGCCAUGCCACACCGUGGCAACCUGGACGACAUGGGACGGGCAGCGGGACCUCCAUUUCGUGUCCCGCCAGCGUUGGCGGGACCAGCCGAGACCGGUCCACGACACGCCCGGUGUCGAGGUCCCGCCGCCCUUCCUGGGGCACACGCUGCCCGCCUUCGAGUUGGCCCCGGACCUGCAGGACCCCUGCUGGCUCUGCCGGGUGCCGGUGGUUCACCGCGAGACCCACGAGGCCAGCCCACGCCACCAGGAGCUGCUGAGGGCGGUGGGCCCCCCCACGUGCGUCGAGGCGGCGCUGCGGCUCCUCCAGAGGGACCGGCCCGACCUCCUGGCCCCGGCGGCCCGGGAGCUUCCUGAGGAGGGGGCCACCUCUGCAGCCUCCACCGCCGCUGCCUCUACCGCCGCGACCGCCGCCACCGCGGUCUCGGACACGCUGCCGCCCCCGCUGGCGCCACUCGCCUGCCCGGCCGAACCCCUCCCGCCUCCGCCUCCGCCCGCCGAGGACACGGUGAUGGCGGAGCUGGAGGAGUUCCUGGCCGGGGACCGUCCACCCUUCGCCGACUCGGGCCCCCCGGGGUCCGAGCCUUGA